CACGUGAUUUUUGACCAAUCAACUUCAGCUUAGAAAAGGCCGCCAUAUUGAUAGAAAUUCACAAAGUACAUCGUUGGUUCUUAUCAUAAAAUAUUAGGUUUUAUGAUCAUUUCAUUCCACGUCGAUAUCAUUGUGACGUGGAGUGAAUAUUUCUGCUACUAUGGAAAGUAAAGGUGGUGGAAAAAUUCAACGAAAACGUGCUCGGGCAACGGCUAAGCCGUACUCUAGGGCGACGACAUCGAGCACGCGGGAAACAAGUUCAUCAUCAGGUCACCGAAUCGGUGCGGAUACGAAUCAGUCACUCCUUCAAAGAUUUUCUAGUUCCGUUCUUGGAUUUGUGACGCCUUCUUGGCUAACAAACUACUGGACAUCAUCGCAGAAAAAUGACAAAGUAGCAUCAAAAGCCGACCAAUCUAAACGAGAUGAUGACAAGCCAGGCUGGCCACUACCUAAAGAACGACAGGAUGUUGAUGCACAUGAAGAGAUGCAGGGUGAUGUGGAUGUUGACAUGGAUGUGGUAUAUGUGCCUCAGAGUGCAGAGUCUAAAGGGACGCCAUUUUCCUCUCAGAAACCACUGGGUACAUCAACUCCUGUCGAUGAUUUUAAUAACAGAUUCAAAGUAUGUAAAGAUGAUGCAUCUGAUGUUUCCAUGGCAACUAGCAGUGUUUCUAUGAUUCCACAAGUGGAUAUCACUGAACAUCGGGACAAUAUAUCCAGGAGUUCCUCAUCUAAAUUAGAAGAGAGAACAUCUGCAAAACCAUGGAUAAAUACUACAAAUACUCCAAGAUUAGCCUCAAGACCCCAGCCUGCUGGAAGAAACCUGCAGAAACCUGCUUUUAACUCUAGUUAUUUUGGGUCUCCGAUAUCUGGUCGCGAGAGUCCAGCCGGGCCAUUUGCUUCACCUUUCUACCCCGGAAGGACUACAUACGGCGGGGCAUCUGCUCAACGUCCAGCAACGUCCAGUAAAAUCAAUUCACCCUAUCAGGUGUAUCAUCCAAUCAGAAGGCGAUUGAAACCAAAGCAGGCUAGUAAUGCAAUGAACUCCAGCUUCGGUGUAACGAGUGCAGCUGCAAAACAAAUACUGGAAACAUUAGAGAAGAUGUCAACACCACUGACAGAUGCCAAGAAGAUCCCUCUUUCACCCACAGCUUCUCCACUUGUCUUUAAUCCACCUAAACGUGCAAGAACUGCCCUCAGACCCGGGCCACCUGUUGCACCGCGUCCAGUACCAACCACACACACAGAACCAAAAGUUAGAACACCAUAUGGUGUUCCCAAUAGUAUACCUGCUACACCACCAACUACUUUAGUCUCCAGUGUUCCGAAUACAGGAUUUGGAGGAGGGGGAAAAAUGAAAUCUAAGAAGAAGUCUGCGGUACACUUCUCCAACAAAGAUGAUGAUGAAAAUGAAAUGUUGGAAGAACUAGAUUUACCUAACAUGCCUUUGCCACUACCUAAAGGCAAAAUGCCUUCUUUCAACUUAAUAGCACCUUCCUCCUCCAAGACAAAAAGCCCCAAGCCAGUCAUAUCUACUCCCUCUACUGUGUCAAAGCCAGCUGUACCGCUCAAUUUCCGCCCUUCAAUAUCCAAACCAGCGCCUCCUAUUGCUUCGGAAUCGGUGUCUGCAAAGACAUAUACUUUCAGUGACCCUAAGGUAAUCACAACUUUGAGUACAUCUUCAUCUACGUUGCCCAUGCAGUUCUUGUUCUCAGCUCCAACGAGCUCAACAUUAAAAAGAAAGGAGACGAAAAAUGUGGAAGAGGAAGAAAGCACCGGAGGUGGCCUAAAACCAGCAAAGGAAUUAAAAAAGGGAAGUUGUCUAGAAUUUUUAGGAAUUGUUCCUGGGAAAACAGGCACCGAUGGUUCAGGAAAUAUCAAGAAUACAGUAAUUGGAUUUGGAGAUAAAUUCAAAAAGCCAGGAACAUGGAAUUGCUCUACAUGUUUACUUGAUAACAAGCCAGAUGCAAAAACAUGCAUUGCCUGUAUGGCGGCCAAACCUAAGGCAAGCAAUGGUUCAAACCGUAUUGAACUUAAACAAGAUUCAGUACAGACAAGCUCAAUUGUUCCACAAUCACUGGCCUCCAGUAAAACUUGUACGGCACAUUUACAGAGUAGCAAUCCGAAUCAAACUAGUUCGCCUCAAAUUGGCUUCGGAGAUAAAUUUAAGCCAGUGCCAGGCUCAUGGAAAUGUAAUGUUUGUUUAUUGAAUAACAAACCCGAAAGGGACACUUGUAUAGCAUGUGCGGGCCCAAAGCCGCCUACGCAAAACUCUAUCCAACCCAAGAUUAGCUUAGCAGAACAAUUUAAACUACAGAAAGGCUCAUGGACUUGUGAUGUAUGCCUUGUAGUGAAUAAGGAGGAUUCAAUAAAAUGUGUUGCAUGUACAGCGGCUAAGCCGGCAACAAAAAGUCAGCCGUCUAGCCUAGGAGUAAGCAAUCCAGGAAGUGCAAAGCCUGCAGUGUCCAUAUCUUCCAACAUGGAUCUUAGUCACUUGAAACCCCCAGCAGAUAACUGGACAUGUUCGACUUGUCUCAUUAGCAAUAAGCCCUCUGUAAGCAAGUGUGUAGCUUGUAGUUCAGGCAAACCCUCUACAGAUCAGACUUGUUCUAAUACACUGGAUCUGCCAUCGUUAGCAAGAAUAAAGAAGAUAAUGAAACAAGAUAAGAAUGUGAAGAUGAUAAGUGCGGAAACAACCGUUCUCUUCUCCAAGGCAGUACAGUUAUUCAUAAGUAAGCUGUCGCUAUUUGCCUGGCAACACACUCAAGAUAGCAAGAGAAAAAUUAUACAAAAACUUGAUGUAGAGAUGGCAAUAUCGAAGAAUAAUAAGUUAAAUUUUCUCAGUAACACUAUUUCAAAAGAUGAAAUCAAAUCAACAAAGAAUAAGCAAAGUUCAAUCACGUUACAAGAGCAGUUUGCCCCUCCAUCAGAGACCUGGUCCUGUAAUACAUGCCUUAUCCGAAACAAAUCUGAAGAUGUUAAAUGUGUUGCAUGUGGUUCUGCAAAACCAGGAAGCAAGCCGGAAACUAAGGCAAUUAUUGGUUUUGGAGACAAGUUCAAACCGGCACCUGGAUCAUGGACUUGCGACACAUGUCUGAUACAGAAUCAGAAGUCGUCAAGUAAAUGCGCAGCAUGUGAGGCUGUUCAGCCUGGCUGUGAACCCUUACUCAAGGCUCCUCCUGCAUCAGUUUUUAAGUUUGGAGGGAAUUUAAACCAGUCAUCUUCCACCGAAAAGUCUUCAUCCACUUUUAAAUUUGGAGGCACAGCUCCGCCAUCUUCAGGUGGUUUCACUUUUGGUGGUAGUGAACAAUCAAAACCCCCCACCGGUGGGGGCUUCACGUUUGGCAAACCAUUGUCAGUGAGUAAUACGAACACAAGUAGUGCAAUUAGUAUCAGUGAAACUUCCUCCAAGACAAACGAUAUGGUUAAACAAGAACAGAAAAUCUCUGAAAAACCCACUUUUCAAUUCAGAAAGCCAAGUAGCUCUGAAAAACCGGAAUCGCAAAACUCCAGCACAUUUUCUUUUGGACAAACUUCUGAGAAGGCUACAGCUGCAGCUACCAUUGGCGGCUUCAGCUUUGGUGGACAGAGUUCGACAACAAACUCGACAGAGAAGCCAGUGAACAGUAUGUUUAAUAAUACUGGCGAGAGUCAGGGAUCGUCGAGUGGAGGAUUUAGAUUUGGAAAUGUAGUUACCACUGCUGCAAAAACUAACAGUAGUAGUAGUGAUAGUACUACAUUUGUAUUUGGUGCUAAAAGCAGUCAAACAAACGCUCUCACAAAUAGUGACGGACCUCUAUUGGGAAAUGGCUCUGAAAACAACCUAAAGAAAGAAACAUCUUCAUCUUCUUCUUCAUCGGCAUUCCAACUUUCUACAGGGUCCGCCAGCACAGGAUUCUCAUUUGGUUCCAAAAACUCUUCUGUAACGGAGAGUAAAGAUUCUGGGUCUGUCUUUGGUUCCACGAAUACUUUAGUCCAUGCUGGAAAUGCUGUGCUUAACAAUAUUGAUGUAAAUAAACCUGCCUCUGGAGUUACUUUCCAGUUCGGAGCAGCAUCAUCGACAACCACAGAGACGAAAACUCCCUCAACAUUUGUAUUCUCAGGACAAGCAAAGGAGUCUUGUGGUACAGGAGGCCCGCCAGCAAAAGUAGGUGGGUUUAAUUUUGGUAGCACAAGCAACAAGAACACGCAAGAGCCAGCAAAGUCUACCAAUCCCAGCUCUCGACCUAUGUUCACUUUCGGUGCCAAGCCUGCAGCAGAACCGCCCACGUUCAAGUUCGGUCAAAAUAGUAAUCCGAAUCCACCAGCAUUUGGAGGGUUUGGUGCUGCGACUAAUUCAGCGUCACAAGGAAUUGGCAACAGCGUCAAUUCCUCCAGCAGUGGUUUUAAUUUUAGUUCUGGAUCUGGUAGUAACAGCAGCGGAAGCAGUGGCGGCGGCGGCUUCAACUUUAGUGCCUCCAGUAAAUCCUUCAACAGCGAGGCCGCACCAAAGUUUGGAGUUACAUCAUCAACACCAAAUUUUGGUGCUUCUGUGAAUCCGGUUGCUCCGGUACCACGUUUUGGUGGCCAGAAUAAUUCUACGAUUGGAGGAAGCGGCUUUGGUGUUGGAAGUAGUAAUUUAGGGUCUUUUGGUGGCGCAGGUACAAACAAUACACUGGCACCAGCAUUUGGUAGCACAGCCCCACAAACCAAUGGACCUGGUGGGUUCCAAUUCAAUAGUAAUUCAAAUAGUAAUAGUAAUACCUCCUUCCAGUUUGGGCAGCAAAGUAAUUCUUCAGUUUUCCAAUUUGGAGCCAAGAAUUCUGAACCCGCACCACCCCCUAGCAGUAGUGGCUUCACUUUUGGCUCAACGCCAGCGGUCCAGCCAAAUAAUUUUGGCAGUUUUGGCAGCUCUGGAAACGACAGUAUGCCUUUCCAAUCGAAUGCAGGGUCAAAUGACAAUCCAUUUAAUGCAGUCGUCAGUGGGUCAAGCAACCCCCAAGGAAGGAGAAUAAUAAAGAAAGCCCAAAGAAGAAUAAAAAAAACGUAACCUGUUUAAACAUUAAAUAAAGAAUCUAUACUGUUCUGGAAUAUGAUUUUGUGUGAUGUGCAUAUGGCAAGCUAUUGUGGAUGGUCGCAUGGUCUAUAUUGGUGGAUUUUUUUCUGGCGCCUGCCUACUAACAGACAAACGUCGAUCAUCUAGCUACCAACUUAAACCAGCUCCUUAAAGUAAUGUUGAACAAUCAACCUAGUAUAGAUGCUGUACUUGGAACCUACAAAACCUAGCUACAGCCAGUCUAGCUACCUACACCACUACUAAGUUUAGCUGCCUACAACCCUAACUAGCAGAAAAUGUUGCUGUCUACGAGCCUAGCUAACAGUUGGUGUACCUGCCUACAAGCUUGGCUACUAAAUCACAGGCUAUCAUGCUGGCCAGUGUUGUACGAUAUUUGUAUAGAAACUAUUUGCAGGUCAUGCUCAAUGAACUUCAGUGUGUAUUAGCAGCCUACAAUAUGAGGAACUACGCUAGUAUCUGGCUGCUGAUAUUUUAUACGGUAGAGGUUUCAGGAAACUAUAUUAUCUAGCUAGCAUAGCCAGUGAUGUAUGAUAUUUAUAUAGACUCAUUUUCAAACAUCAGAAAUGCUGGGCAUACAAUGUUCAGUAGACUUUCUACUCAGUUUUACUUUUGGUGUUAUAACCAUGCUGACAAGUAGAAGCUCACACUUCCGUUGUGAUGGGUAGCCGCUUUUAUGAGCCUCACUAAGUGAUACGUCUACCGUAAAUCCUCAAAUAAGCGCUGCACCAAACCUUUAGGUAAACAAUCCACUCUGGUGUCAACCCAUCUUCUAAUUAAGCCAAAAAACAACUUAAAAUUCUCCAAAGAGAAAUGUGAAAUACUGUUUUUAAAAGCAUUACAAUAUCUAUUAGUGGAACAUGUGUGAUAUUGGACUUAGUAUGUGGGCUUAAUCCGAGUCAAUAUGGUAAUAACACUGUGAUACAAGUUUAUAUAUUGGUAUCAAACUCUAUUUACUUUGAAUUUCACCCGAAAUUUGUAUUUAAGUAUUUUAUUACCCAUAAUAAUUUGUGCUGAAUUUAUUUCCUCCUUUUUUAUAUUUAGUUUACAAUUGCUAUUUGGAAGUUUACAAUUUCAGUUAAUGAAUUUGAAAUAAUUAUGCUGUAAUCUGUUAAAAUUUAAAUUCCUUACCCCUAGUGUUAAAUUGGUCUCUCUUGUCAGCAUUUUAACACACUAUUUAUGUGUGCUUUAUGUUAAGAUCUGGUGGAAAGUUUGAUUUUAUUUUUCAUGCAAGGUUAUUUUUAACAGUAUUUGUUUUGGGAAAACUACUUAGUUACAAACACAAACAAGUAUAAAGAGAGCCACCAAUAACUUGAGGCGUUUAGUAAUGAAUCAUUUGCAAUAUAAGUCGGCAAAUUGGGAUGUAGAAAAGAUUACUGUAUUCCAGUUGAUACAAACGGGUACAAAUAUUCAUGUUUUACAGAUUCUGCCAUUGUUAAGCUAUCUCCCUUCCCCUUUUAAAAUUGUAUAUUUUAACUAUGUUGGUAUCUGGUUAACGAUGCUGAGUAUGUAUAUAUUUGCUCUGUUUAUACAGUUUAUUAUCUUGGAUCUUCUGAAAAUACACACCAUUCUUUACUUUUAUUUAAAAAUCCCUGCCUAUAUCUAAGUGUGUAUGCUUAAGAUGUAUUGCCAAAUAGAAUGCAGACUAUGUUAAACAUAUACAUCAUGAGGUUAGAAAAAUGUUUCAAAUAAUUACCUCCAUAAAUUGAACGAUUCUCUCCUGAUUGGGGUGGUUCUAAUAUUAUACUGGUUGGCUCAGGCCGUGUGUGUAUUUUCUGAAGUUCUAUUCAAAGUAGUUUGGGAACCAGAGAAAAUUGGAUAGUAAAAACUGAUUUGCAUUGAAAUUGUUGAAUGUAAUAUUUUAAAUGAUUAAUACAAAUCUUUCUUUGAAGUCCUGUUUUGUAUGUACAGUUUUCUGAUAUGUUAGGUUUUCUCAUUCUGUGUUUUCAUAGAUCAUUUGAACCAUCCAAUGUUUACUAUUUGCUGUACUGCAAUACUUGCAUUUUUACUGUACAAAUUCAAUACUGAUUUUUUUUCUUUACUAGAUAAAUUUAUAAAUAUUCAAAUCAAUUGUCAAGCAAGCAAGGAACACCUUGUUUAAUGAAUUAUCAGUAACAAGAAUUUACAAUUAAUAAGCAUGUUUUCUUUUUCAAAACUAAAUAACUAAGGCACCAAAAAUACUGUAGCGUUAUUUUAAUUAAUGUUGCAAGAAUUUACACCGAAUCAACAAAUUUAUAAAGGCCAGUUCUAUUAAAAGUUUUAUUAAUACAUGAAUUUAAUCAGAAUUUGUAGGUUUAAAGAUAAUCUAAUGGUGCAGUUUUUUUUUUCAUAUGAAUGGAAAUUGUUUUUAGUAUUUUUAUCUUGUAACAUCGCGACUACACAAAUACCAGUAAAGCCAAACAAUUUUGAUGUUAAUUAUGUUUUUCAUGUAAUUUAUAGAUGUUUAUUGAUUUGUAUAGCUUGCUUCCAGUAUGAAUCCAACAUACAAAAUGUGACGGAAAAAGAAACAAGACAAGAGAUGAGUUACUUAAAAUGCAAUACUUUCGUCGGUGAACGUAGUGUUAGGGAACAGUUUAUCCAGAUGUGGAGUAUACAUUUCUGCAAUUGUAUAUAAAGCAUCGGAGACCGUAUCUUAUGUAAACGUUUAUUUUCAUUUUUUAUGUUUUCCUUGUAUAUAGCUAAUAAAAGUGUGUAAUCUUAAAUAGAGAGUACAUCUCACAUUUAGACCUUCCCACCUUGAAAUGGCAUUGAAUCAAAUUUUGGUCAAAAAAAAAAUGAAAAAAGUUAUUCAUGAUCGUUUAGGGAAGAGAAAAGUUAGGAAAUAAAUUGUAUAAAAAAACUUUAUUUUUAUGUUACUAUAUAGAAUAUUUGAGCCAAUUUAGUGACGGUGGGAAAUAAAAAGUGAGAUGUGCUAUUUGUCUAUAAAUGCAUGCAAAUGAGCAAAUUAAUAUGCAAAUGAGAUGAUGAUUGUAUAAACCAUGUCAAAAAAAACUGAUGCCUUCUGUGUGUGUGAGUGAGAGGAAAAAAAAUGUUGGAACAAAAAAGUUUAAAUAGUAAUAUUUUAGUGUAUUAAAAUAAGCCCCAUAUGAGGGUUAGGUCGUGAGUAUUGUAAUAUUGGGCCCAGUUUUGUAAUUUUUGGUACUUAAAAGAGUAUGAAGAACAGAAGUCGCUGUGUUUUUUGAUGUGGUGCUACAUAAGGUGUAUAUGUAUGAUCCAGUGCUGUUAUUGAAAGGGACACGAAUCUAGUUUAGUUUAGCAUUAUUUAGUUGCAUUCAAUGGAGGAGGAUGUUCAUAUGUUUUGGUUGGUGAAUAAAUAUCAAAAUAUAGACAACUGAAA